AUAGGUAAUGUUUGUCAAGACGUCAUAGGGUGGAUUCCAAUAGUUGCGAAUGAAAUUUGGACAUGAUCUUUAUUUACUGUCUGUUUAGUUUCCAUUUUCUUUAGUCAGUAAACGUGUUUCUGAAAAACCUAAGUAACUCUUUUAUUAUUUAUUAUGCAGUGAAUUUCGGAAGACUCUAAUUUUUUUUCCCUUAAGAUAAUUACAUCUUGAACUUUUGUUUGUUAGUGUUGUACAAAUAAAUAACAAUUAUUAAAAUGCAAUCUUCGUUAUUGCUGGAAUCAAUAGCCGUAGAAAUUGGAGCCUCGGAGCCAUGGCCAAGCGAUGCCAAGUUAUUCCAACCGUACGAGGUGGAACAAGUAUUGCUGCCGGACAAUGCCAACUGCCUGGCAGUACAAGCAUAUCUCAAGAUGUGCGGCCUGAACUUCCAAGUUGAACAGCGCAAGAACGCAGAGUACAUGUCACCAUCAGGUCGAGUGCCCUUUUUGAAAUGUGGUGCGUACCUGGUCUCUGAUCUGGACCCUAUCAUUACAUUCGUGAACAUGAAGGAAAUAACUCUGGUUGGUGACUUGAACAACGCAGAGAAGGCAGACAUGCGAGCCUACAUCUCGCUGGUCUGCAAUGUCCUGGGGAAUGCAGAGCUGUACGUGUGCUGGAAGGACGAGGCCACGUACAAGGAACUGACGAGGCAGCGGUACGGCUCGGUGCAUCCCUGGCCCCUGAACAUCUACUUGCCGUUCCACAAGCGGAAGGAGAUUCUCAAGAGACUGGCUUCUCUUGGCUGGAAGAACAAGUCCCGCGACGAGGUUUUUGCUGAAGUUGAAAACUGCUGCAAGUCGCUGUCUGAUCGACUCGGCGACAGGGAAUUCUUUUUUGGUUCAAAGCCGACGGAGCUGGACGCUGUGGUGUUUGGUCACGUGUUCACGAUCCUGACAACGCCACUCCUGAACAACAGGUUCGCUGCAGUCGUCCGAGGAUACGACAACCUCGUGGAGCUGUGCAAGCGAGUGGAGAAGGACUUCUUCGAGAGGAUACCCGAUGCGUGAGCAGCAUUUGCCUCGCCGUGCUGUAGCGACAGUUGCAAGCAAGUUGAACUCGCUUAUUCAGUGCAAUUGCUGAAAUAGUUUACUUAUUUCUUUGCUACUUGAGUGAGUUGUACAGUCAAAAGUAGAGGUGUGACAUUUUGUAUUUAAAUUGGCAUAUGACAAAUACUUUACAGCUUGUAGAUAGAUUAGUGUAAUAAAACAGUUCUGGUAUAUAA